AUGCGACGCCAAGAAUCAUCAUCAUAUGUUCCAACACCCGGCUGGACUGAUUCACGUAAUAUACCACAUCAUAUUCCAACAACCGGCAGUUUACCUAAUACACAUUUGCGUUUAUCACAUAUUCCACCACCCGGCAGUGUGACUAAUAUACAUUUAUCACCAACACCUUUGACUAAUACACAUAAUAUAGAUUUAUCACAUAUUCCAAUACCCGGCAGUAAUACAC